AUGGAUGCCAGCGGGUUCAUCGAAUCGAUUGGACGCCUGCUUUAUUAUCCGAGAAUGAGCUUGCCUUUGGGAAAGUGCAUUAUCGAGGAUGGCUAUGCGACAGCGAUUGUUCACAACAUCGCAGAAAUUGGGCCAUCAUUGACGUCUGAUACGAUUGUGGUCCACAUUCCACAUACGGAGACAUCCAAAAAUGAUGUGUACAAGGUCGCAACAAACUCUUGCACCAAGUUGAUUUCAGCCGCCCAAACACUACAUCAGUGCUGGCAGUCCGACAAGACCAAGAGUUACAAGCUGUUUUCACUGAUCACCAAAGACUCAGGUCUUGGUGAUCUAUGUCAUGCUCCUCUCUAUGGCCUGGUGCGUGCAUUGAAGAUGGAAAUUCCCAAUGUCUUUGGUGGACUGUUUGAGGACGAUCAAGGUCGUUUUCCAUGA